AUGGAGAGGGAUAAUAGGAGAUGUAGUCCAACUACAUUUCUGGAGUUCAUGUUGUCUGGAAUCACCGACCGCUCUGAUCUGCAGCUCCCCCUCUUCAUCGUCUUCCUGCUGAUCUACUUACUGACUGUGAUGUGGAACCUCGGGAUCCUCUUCCUGAUCUGCAUGGACAGCCACCUCCACAGCCCCAUGUACUUCUUCCUCAGCCACCUGGCUUUUGUUGAUCUCUGUUAUUCCUCUGUCAUUGCCCCCAAGAUGCUGGCCAACUUCUUAGCAGCGAAGAAGACCAUUUCGUUCCAUGCCUGUGCAGCGCAGUUGGGCUGCUUCCUCACGUUCAUGAUCACCGAGUGCUUCCUCCUGGCCGGGAUGGCCUAUGACCGCUAUGUAGCCAUCUGCAGCCCCCUGCGUUAUCAGACGAUCAUGUCCCAAAGAGUCUGCAUCCAGCUGGUAGCUGUCCCGUACCUAUACAGCUUCUGUGUUGCCCUCUUCCACACAAUGCUGACAUUCCACUUGUCCUUCUGCUCUGCUAACGUGAUCAACCAUUUCUAUUGCGAUGACCUUCCCCUUUUAGCCCUUUCCUGUUCCGACACCAGCACCAAACAGAUACUGACCUAUGUUUUUGCUGGGUUUAAUAUGAUAUGCUCCCUUCUCAUUGUUCUCAUCUCCUACGUGUUUAUCUUCUUGGCCAUCCUGAGAAUCCGUUCUGCUCAGGGCCAGCACAAGGCGUUCUCCACCUGUGCAUCUCACUUGACAGCUGUCACCAUCUUCUACGGAACUCUGAUCUUUAUGUAUUUGCAGCCCAGUACGAACCACUCUCUAGUGACAGAUAAAAUAGCCUCUGUGUUCUACACGCUGGUGAUUCCGAUGCUGAAUCCCCUGAUCUACAGCCUGAGGAACAAAGAGGUGAAACAUGCUCUGAAGAGGACAAUGCAAAGAAUGGUGAUUGCUCCCUAA